AUGAACCCGCAAUGUUCUAAAUGUAAAGCAGCAAUGAGGAAAUAUAACUACUCAGUCAAAGAGAUAGAAAGAAUGAGAAACGACUAUGCAGACUUAAAGAAAGAAGCAGAAAAGCCAGCAGAAGAUAAAAUGAACAUGUUAGCAUUUCUGAACAAAAACUAUCCAACUGCUGACGAUUUCCUUCUAUCUGACGUCAAGAAGAAGUAUAAAGAAACUUUCGGUAUCGUUAAAACAUUCGAUGUACUGACAGAAGAAAUAGAAGCUACGAAAUUGUUUAGAGUCAUGAACCAUCGCAACAUAUACCAUGUAAAACGCUUGUAA